ACUUCACUAAAUUUUAGUCACAAGGCCCAUGUUUUCAUGACCAAAUUCUACGUUUAAAAAGUGUUAAUAGUGGCAAAAACUAAUCAAAUUCUUACCUGAAGUGAAAAUUAAGAUGUUGUAGUCAAAUAUUAAGCUUAACAAAUUAGUUAAAAUUUGAAAUUCAAUCAAAUAAGAGAGUGGAAAUUAAUUUCGUGCAAAAACAGAAUAAAAUUUUGAAGACAAAAGAACCAAAUUGAAAUUUUCAGCUGAUAAGCACUUUUUCAUGUGAUUAAACUAAAGCUUGAUAUUUUGUGAUUAGAUUGAGUUAUUUGUGACGUAUGGGAUUUCAAAAAGAUGAAUAUUAAAUGAUGAAAAGAUCUAACAUCGUCAGCCAACAACAAAGAGAAAAAGUUUAACUACGUUGGCAAAUUCAGCUGAAUAAACUGUAGAUUUCAGUGCGUCGUUAUUUCGUCAGCGACGCCAAAGAAAAUGGAUACAGCAACAGGUUCCGGGCUCAUGGAAGAAUUCGAGCUGAUGAAACAGCCAAAGUAUCGAGUCUAUAUGCAAAAUAUUGACAAAGCUUUAAAGAACUUUGAAUAUUCGAGUGAGUGGGCGGAUUUGAUCUCAGCGUUAGGAAAAUUAAAUAAGGUGAUUUCAAGCUACUCGCAAUAUCAAGUGAUUCCACGACGAAUUAAGAUUUCAAAACGUCUCGCUCAAUGCAUGCAUCCUGCUUUGCCAUCUGGCGUUCAUUUAAAAGCUUUAGAAACUUAUGAUGUGAUAUUUAGUAAUACGGGAGUUGAAAGAUUAGCUUCAGAGCUCUUCAUCUACAGUGCCGGUCUCUUUCCGUUGCUUGGCUAUGCAGCGAUGAAUGUUCGACCAUCUUUACUUGAAAUUUAUGAAAAGUAUUUUGUUCCGCUUGGCGAGAGACUAAGACCAGCUCUAAGUGGAUUUCUUAGUGGAGUCUUACCGGGACUUGAAGCUGGUCUCGAUCAUUUUGAACGAACAAAUUCGCUAUUAAGUCAAGUGUGCAAUGCUGUGAGUCCGAUUUACUUUUACACAUGUCUUUGGGAAUGUGUUGCAACAAAUUCAUCAAUUAGAUUGCCAGCUGUCACUUACGUCCUUGACCAUUAUAACAAACGAGUGGGAAUGUCUGAUCAAUCGUUUUUAAUGGGACGAAAUGUUGAAUUGAUGAUGUCAGGAUUGUGCGCCUGUUUAAAUGAUUCUGUGAUUCUUGUUCAACGCAAUACCCUUGAAUUUCUCCUUCUUGGCUUUCCACUUCACACACAUUUUCUUCCACAAUCCGAUGUUAUUAAAUUAGUAACAAAUGCACUCAACACAAUCCUAAGACGAGACAUGUCCUUGAACCGUCGUCUGUAUUCGUGGUUGUUGGGCACUGAGGUGUUGAAUGCUAAUCGAAAUCUUAUGGAGAUGGAAAUGAAUGAAAGUGUUAGCUUAAAUUCCGAUUCAGGGUCAACAUCAAAAUCAAAUCAAAUGACGUACUUUGAACAGUAUUCAAAACCACUUUUGAUCAAAGCAUUGCGAAUUACAUUCAAAAAUAGCAUACCGACAGCUGAUCUAAGGCCAUACAAGAUUCUUCUUUCACUCUUAGACAAAGUUGAGAUUGGCCCGGUCGUGUUAGACGCGAUUCUUAUUGACGUUAUAAGAACAGUUGUACUUGCUGACGAAUGCAGUGAAGUGAAGAAGUCUGUCAACACAUUGUUUGGUAAUUUUGAUCCAUCUUACAUCUGGAAUUUUUUGACGAAUCAUUUCGAGAGUGCAUGCCAACGUCAAGUGUGUGAAGAAGCAAGAAAACUUCCAGAAGAAUUAAAGUCAUCGCAAUGCUUGGCGAAUGACGUUGAUUCGGGCGAUCCAUCAGUGAUUGAAGUUUGUUAUCUAACUGAAAAUCUUCUUGAAACUCUGUCACUUGAAAUGUUUACGGAGAUAACACAAAUCUACCUCCCACGCGUUUUAUUUGCUAUCACAAAAAUUUUGACUGUUUAUGGCGGAUCAUUGACAGAAGAUGAAGUAACAGCAGCGAUAAAAUUGAGCAUUGAAAUUGUUAAACAUGUGCAGCCGAUGUUUUUAGAUUCAUCAAAUGGAAAUGACAUGGAAAUUCCAAAAAACAAAAAUGAAGCAACAAAAGUCAAUCAAACAUCAUCAACAACGACGACAACAACAACGGUGACAUUUGUUGAUGGUUCGAGUGGUUUAGAGAAAAGUAAAUCAGAUUCAAAGUUGAACCAAACUUCCCUCGACGAGCCAAUCAAACGUUCACGAUCAAACCAUAACAUGGGAGCAAAGCAUAAAAGCCCAAAGAAGUCAAAGAAGUCAAAGUCACACUCAAAGCUCUUUGAAUUGGAUAAAGAAGUAAUUUGUACUGAUAACGGUCAACUUCUUGUUGCAUCGAAUGCUGGUUCCGUUCCUAAUCUCGAUGAAAGUCAUGACAAGAAGAACAAGAAAAAGGACAAGAAAUUGAAGAAACUUAACGAGAUAAAUGUCAAAGCUAAUCAGGAAACUUCAAGUAUGAACGAGUCGAAAGAUUCAAACGACACAGCAAACAGUGAGCCAUUGCCAAAUACAAAAGAUAUCAAUACAGUUGUCAAGUCAGAGGUGAAAGAGUUGACAGAAUCGCAACUGCAGAAAUAUACAAUUCUUGAGAAAUGUAGCAAGCAGUACGAAAUCUUCUAUCAAAUUUACCUCUCACAUCACUUAUUGAUUGACAUUCCAUCAACUAUCAACAAAGAGAAAUGUUCAGUGAACGACGACGAAUCAUCCAACGUUGGCAGCAAACUCAGCUACUUUCUUAAUGACGAUCUCAUCGAAAAUAAUAAUAUUGAAUCGCUCCAAAAAAUCGAUGAACUUUUUGAAACAUUAAAGACGGAAAGAAGUUGUCGCAUUCAAAAGCUUCAUUCACUUCUGAAUCAAUCAUUAGGUGAUGCUGACUCGGCUGAAGAUGAAAAAAUUAACAAACAACAAACAAAUGAGAAUUUGAAGAUGAUUAACAAAUUAUUGGGAUUGAAAUUGUCAGCUUCAGUGAGACGAUCGAUAAAGUUUGUAUCGCAAUUACUUGUGCUCGUGUCAACAAUUCCAAACUACAAUCAAAAUCUUCCACCAGACUUUCAAGAAGAGAAAGAACUUCCAACAUGGUUGAAAGUUCUCGCUUUGUCAGCUGCUUAUUCAAAGUUCGAUAAAGAACUUCAAAUCAAUUGCAUUUCAACGCUUUUCGAAUUAAUAGGAAUUGUUAAAUGUCAAAAAGAAAAGUUGCCAACUAAAGAUGUUCAACAUUUAGUGAUGUUGCCGUUACUUAAGUUCGGUCAUGUGCUUUACAUUGAAGAUCAAACAAGAAUUUUUCAACUUCUCGUAUCGACACUUUGGGAUUAUCUUGAUUAUGAUAAGACGGUUGAUUUAUCACAAAUAACAUUUCUUCUCUAUCAACUUCAUUCAUGUCUUGACAGUGGACUUGUUGAGCGUGUUAUUAGUGAUAGAAUUGAAAAUUCUCAUCUCAUUUGGACAUCGUCAUCAUCAUCAGAUUCCGAUUUGGAAAAUAAACACGAAGAUCGUUUAAAUCAUUACAAAAUGAAUCGAUUAAGUGACAUUAAGAUCAUGUUGAGCUUACCAGAGAUGUCGGUGAGACAUUGCAGUAGUCAAUUAAGUGAAAGACAAUCGAGUGGAUUUCGGAAGUUUGAAUUGUUGUGGCAUUUGGGACGAGAUCAAAAGGAAAGCUUCGAUAAGAUUCUUCUUCGUGUUUAUGACACUUUGGCUCUUCCCCAACACAUUUCGAUUCGAACGUUUGUCGUGAAGUGGUUGAAGGAAGCUUUAUUGCGAGGUGAUCUUGGUCGCCUUCUAAUGCCAUUGAUGGUCGUCAUGUUGAGUUCCAAUACGAAGCGAAUCAGCAUUUCAAAUGUUCAUCUUGUGAAGGUGAAAGAAACAACAAAAUUCAAUGAGUCGUCGAAUGUUUUCGAUGAGAAAAUUGCUGAUCAAGAUCAGCCACGAAAAGAUGUUUUCGUUGAGAAUGAAGUUUAUGUGAUCAAAAUGGAUGAUGGAAUUGUUCGAAAUCAUCUUGAAUCGACGAAAAGGAAAAGUCCGAUUGGUUCGUUGUCGAAGAAACUUUACAACAUGGCAACAAAGAGUUCAAGUUCAGGUCAGAAGAUGCGUGACAAAGGUUUGAUGCCUUCAUCGAAUCUUCCAUCAGCGCCUGCUGUUUCACUCGACACUGACAUCAACAAUUUAUUUGUGAAUCCACUUGAACCAUUGGAACAAGACGCUGGAUUUGUAACGAAAAGUUGUCCAAACUCUCUCGUCGAGAAAGCUUCAUCGAAGAAACGAUUCUCUGACUCUUCAUCCGAAUAUUCGACAACAUCAGCUGAUUCCAUGUCUGACAAUGAAAUGUCUGAUGAUGAAAAGAUGAAACUUUCAGGUCCAACUGAUGAUUUAAGUUCAAUGAAUUCAACAAAGGUUAAAAAUGGCAAAAAGAAAAGUUAUAAUGUAUCGAAUAACGGAUCUGAUUCAAUGAAUGACGAUUCUGCCAUUUAUCAGCCAUCUUAUGAUGAAUCAGGAACAGCUGCUGAUGAAUAUUUUUCAAGUAUCUCAAAUGAAACAACUCCGAAAGCUGUUGAAGAGAUUAGAAAGUCAAUCAUUCAUGAUCUCAUUGAGACAGAACUUGAAGGUGGCGAUGACAACACAUUGGAAGUGACAGCAGUUGAUUCGAUCUCACAGAUUAUUGCCAACAAUCAAGAAGACAACAAAGAUGAUGCAAAAUUGACAAAAAGACAUUCCAAGACAUCAAUCGACAGCACACAAAAGUCAGAAAUUUCAAAUACUAAUCGUGAAUCGACGAGUGAACAAGAAAGUGAUCGAGUACGUGAAUUUGGUGUUAGUUCAAUGUCAAAACAUCAGACGAAGAAACGGAAAAAUUACAAGAAAAUCACGCAAGAAACUUUGGAAAAAGGAAAAGCAAAUGUUCAAAUAUUGAAGAAGAAUUUAGAGUCAGAUGAGUUUGAUGGAUUCUUUAACACAAAAAUGGAGAAACUUCAUCCUUUCCACACACAUUUGUUGCUUUAUUAUAAAUGUUACGACACGAAGCAAGUUCUUUAUUGUCUGGAGACUUUAAGAAAUCUUAUGCUUGCUGGUAAUUCGAAACUCUUUCUCUGUCUCUCUAUUAACACUUCAGUCUCGGAGUUGCAAUUGAAACAUUUACUUAUGCGCCAUAGGAAAAGCAUUUUUGGUAAAGGCUUCGAUGGUUCACUUUCAAAUUCCGAGUUCAAUAACGCUUAUCGUGGAGUAAUGUACCUUGAAGUGCUGAUAACACUUUGUCUUUACUACGCACGAAGCUAUUUCCAAGUAAAUUACGACAAUCAACAAUCUGACAGCGACGAUGACUUGGACAACAAUCGAAAUAUUCCAAUGCGAUCACAUGAGAAGCCGACGAUUGAUGAUCUACUUGCAAACUGUAAGAUUCAAUUGGCAUCGAUUGAAAUGUUGACAUUAAUUUUUACUGAAUUGAUUUCCAUUGUCAAAGAGAUGGGAAAAGGUUUGGCAAGUUAUGUUGCUGAUCUUAUGAUUAAAUGUAAAGUACAGAAAGUGAUUCUUCAUUGUGUGUUGACUUCAGUUCAUUACUUCACCAUGAAGAUCACGACGACACUUUCCGAGAAGAUUUUAAAGGCAAACGAUCCUGGUGAUGAGAAAAUGCAUUUGGAAGCGAUUCAAGUGCAGUUGUUGAAGCUUUUAGAUGCUGUCAUUAAACUUGAACAUGAAACAAUUGUUCAGAAAGGCGACGAUGGAAUAAAAGAAGCGACAAUACCACGACUUUCAGCUUCACUCUCAUCAAUAAUGUCACAAUCACCGACACGACCGAAUCCAAUUACAAGCACUUCGGGUAGUAUUAAAUAUAUUGCGAAUCUGACAAUCAGUCAACAACCAAUGUUCUUGACAGCUAUUCUCAAUGCCCUUCAAUCAGAGAAUUUAAAACAUUUACAUAAGAAUUGGACGGAACUUGUGACGUCAUCGUUGAACUGCUUUUCACCUGACGGGCUCUCGAACAUUGUCGUGAGUGUCAUGCAUCAACUUUGCGAAAAUAUUGAUAAGAUCACAAAAUUAGGAGCGUUAAAUAAUCAAGUUCCACCUGAUUACUGCUUAUCACAGCUUGAAGCACUCACAGUGAUUUGUCACUUCUGUUUGCUGGAUAACAAUCAGCAAGUUUCGUUGUCACAUCUCUUCAAUCCAACCAACACUUCAACAUCCACACAGUCUUCAUAUUCGGGACAACUUUACAACAACAUUCUUAACUUCUUUUUAUCAUCGUCACCGUUACCGAUCGUUGGGGAAGCUUACAAUAAACAUCAACUGCAGCAAAAUGCAACAAGAACUUGUGUGUUGAGUCAUUUGCCGAGAAUCAUCGCGAGUAUGGCAAUUUUAUGGGAAACUGAGAUGGGACAAGAGCGUUUAGUGAAGCAACAACUUAUGGAGUUCAUCACGCCAAUUGCAUUGCAUCAUGGAUGUAAUUUUGUUGCAGCAAUUGCUGUUGUUUGGCAUGAGAGAGCUGACAAGAAGAUGGCGACAAAAAAUGUUCCGAAAUUUCAACAACCUGCAAGUGCUACACAAAUGUCGCUUGUUAAAAUGGUUUUAGGAAUAAAAGUCAUGCCAUUCGAUUCAUUUGUGCAGACUUUAAACAGCGUCAUUAAGUCACCUCCACAAAUUUACCGACCACCAACUGGAUUGGUUCUUAAUGUCAGUGCACUUGAAUUCUUUUACAUUUACAUGAGAAAUGUUCGAGCUGAGAAUCUCAACGAUUCAUGGAGUUCGUUGUUGAAUCUUUUAAAAGAUUCUUUGGGAUUGUCACCACCGGCACUUUUCAUGUUGUUUUGUAUUCUUCACGAUUUUUGCAAGGAAUGUUCGCCAAGUGAUAGAAAAGACAAAAAAGAUGUUCGUGAUCUUCACGACAUCACUUCAAGAUUGAUUGAUGCGAUUGCAAAUAUUGCUGGUGCAUGUUUGGAACAAACGACAUGGUUGAGAAGGAAUCUUGCUGUGAAGGAAGAAGUCACUGAUGAGUUAGUUAGAGAUGGAAGUGUGACGCCAUCAUCAGGUGGAAUUCAUCAAUAUUCAGUUGAGGCGCAGUCAAUACUCGCGCACUUCUUAGUUAAUUUAUUAGAUUACGCUUAUGGAUCACAGGAAAAAGACAAAAUCACACAAAUUGUAACAACUUUAAUGUACAACAUUGUCCCUUAUCUUAAGAAUCAUUCUGUCAAGAACAUUCCCUUCUUUUACGCUUGCUCUAAUCUGCUUUCGACCCUCACGCCUUAUCAAUAUACAAGAAAAGCAUGGCGGAAGGAUGUCUUCGAUCUUCUACUCGAUCCAGCAUUCUUCCAAAUGGACGUGUCUUGCUUACCUUUUUGGAAACAAAUUCUUGACAAUCUCAUGAGCUUUGAUAGCACAACAUUCAGAGAUUUGAUGACACGAUUAUCAGUGGCACCAACUGGAAGUCUCAACAUUUUUACAUCAAAGGAACAAGAAUAUGAACAAAAAGCUUUGUUAUUAAAAAAGCUUGCAUUUGUCAUCUUUUGUAGUGAACGUGAUCAGUAUCAGAAAUACAUGCCGGAAAUUCAAGAACAAUUGUCGAACUGCCUUCGAUUACCACAAGUUAUUCCAUGCGUUCAAGCUGCUGUUCUUCUUUGCUUCCGAGUUCUUUUACUGAGAAUGUCGCCAGAUCAUGUUACAUCACUGUGGCCAACAAUAAUUGCAGAAAUUGUUCAAGUUUUCUUAUCGAUUGAGCAAGAGUUGAUGACCGAUACGGAGGAGUUCAGGAGUCAAACAAGUCAACAUAUUCGAAUGCUGUCGGGUUUAGACACAGCAUGGGUGACAAAUACGAAUAAUGGUCUGCACGCCCAUGGACAUCCCAGCUGGCGAAAUGUUCAACUGGAAACAGCGAAGCUGCUUGAACUUGGCUGCGUCUUACCAGCCACGAGUCUUCCACAUUUUCAAAUGUAUCGUUGGGCAUUUGUUGGAAGUCAACACGACUUUUGUUCAGGAGACAUUGUUAAUGGACAUGAAAGUGAAGUUUCGCAGAGUAAAUUUAUUCCACAUGUCACAAGAAUCGCACAAUUAAUGGACUUUCGCUAUACGAGUCACUCACCGUCGAAUACCAACUCUAUGAAAGGCUCGCACUUGGUUCUCACUUGCCAAUCAAUCAACAACCUUCAAGAUCUCUACGGAUUUUUUUCUACACUUUGCAUUCGUUGGCCAAACUCUCAUCACUUCAAUGCUAACCCAGAGAAAGACAUUAAAUUUUGCGUUGAACUGUUUAACAGAAUGACUCCAACAUUUCUCGUAAAGUUAUUAUUUUUCAGUCUUUUCUUCGGUGUUGUGCUUUCACAAACAAAGCGCCGCGUUCUUUUACGCAAAGUUUCAAAAACUACUACAACUGAAGCACCUCUCGAUGAUUCUGAAGAAUUUGAAGAUUCUGACGAAUGCCCUGAGGAUGAUGGUUUCUUUGCUGAUAUUGCUCAAUGUGAUAAAUAUUAUGCAUGCACCGAAGGAAAACUUGAAGAACGUUUAUGUAAAGAUGGAUUCGUCUUCAACGAUCGCGAUAGCAACGUAGAGAAAUGUGAUUUACCACACACCAUCGAUUGCAGUAAAAAAUCAAAACUGCAAACACCAAUUCCAUCUGAAGACUGUCCACGUCAGAACGGAUAUUUUGGACAUGCUGACAAGAACGUGUGCGAUAAAUUUUACUACUGUAUCGAUGGAAAAUCCAACCCAAUGACAUGCCCAUCAGGAUUGGUAUUUAGUUCAAAAACUGGCAUUUGUACGUGGCCUGAUGAAACUCAAAAAACUGAAUGCUUCAAAAAAUCUUCUGAAGACUCGAAAGAAGAUGUUCCUGAGUUUACGUGUCCCAAAGUUCAUGAAUCAAUUGCUGUGACUCAUCCUCGUUACCCUGAUCCAAAUGACUGUCAACACUAUUAUAUUUGCAUUUGGAGCAUCAAUGGUGUUACUCCUCGAAGAAAUUCUUGUCAAUUUGCACAAGUUUAUAAUGACGCUACAGAAAUUUGUGAUUGGCCAAGACAUGUUCCUGAGUGCACUGACUGGUACAAAGAUCGGGUGACCGACGAGCAAUUAGAAAACCUUGAAAAUCCCAAAACAGAUGUCGAGAGAAAGAGUUUCCUGUUGGAUUCUUAAUUCCUAUAACCCUAGACAUAGAUACAAUCAUAUUUUCUUAUAAUGGCUACAUCAAUUGUGAUACAGAUUUAACAUUCAUUUGAAAUUUUGAUAUUCUAUUCUUUUAAUUAAGUUUUCCUUAUCAAGAUGAUUAGUGAAGUCUGUAAUGGAAAAUCAAAAACAAAGUUUUUAUAUUCAAAAAUAAACAAGUUGUAUGCUAAGAUUUUUAUGUCCAUUUUUAGUUGAUGAAGACCGAAACUUUGGUUUUUUGUUAGUUGGAUGGUAUUAAUCCAUUAACUUCGUUGAUACUUAAUGUGUUUGAGUUUGAAAUAAGC